AUGGGAGAUCAAAUCGAGUUGGUCCGCAACGGUGGGAACUCCUCAGAGCAGAGACCACCUUUAAAGGCGCAGCUGAGCAGGCAGACGACGUUGGGAACUGGACAUGAAAUCACUCUUGGCACUGAUCAGGAUCCUUAUAACAAGGAGGAGCUCGUCAACACUCUGAAGGGCCGUGAACUCGGACUGUUCGUCGUCUUCUACAUCUGUGCCGUCAUGUUCAUCGUCAUGACUUUCGAGUUCUUCAAACCAAUCUUCUUCACCAAUAAUUACCCCAAUUAA